CUCUCAUGGCUCAGCUGAAAUCUAGAAAGCGCGAAGAUGUAUACCGGCACUCUAUCUGACUCAGUGCGGCCUUCAGCGCAGAGCAUAAUAGACAGAGCCCCAUUGCGUGACCGUAUACCGUAUACGGCCGGUCCGGUCCCGUACCCGUACCGUUGCUCCCUCCUACCCUCCACCAUACGGUACGGGUAUGCUACGGAUGCGACCGUCGCGCCCCGUACCCGUAAAUCCCGUACCCGUAAAACGGACGGUGCGCAUCCCUAGUGCAGGACUAGUCGUGCUGAUUCGGAUUCAAGAGGGAGGUAAUUCGGACUCAAGAAGCAAGUGUGGCUUGCUCGACGCGUGCAAAC